AUGUUCUUGGCGCAUUAUCAUGUGGAUCGAGGCCUGCGAACGCGCAUCAUUCAUUUUCUGGAGGGUGCCUAUGCCCUCAAUCAGCAAGGGCGGCCAGGGGCGGGUGCUCCCUUGCUCAGCUUGCUGUCCAAGCCUUUACAGCACGAACUGCAGUUCGCCCGCCACGAGGCGAGCUUGAAAGAACUCGGCUUCUGUGAACACUUGCUUCAUGCCACGGGAUUCGUCGCCUCGGAGCUGGACAUGUUGCAGCACUUCGCCACCUACGCCGUUUCACAGAUCACCAUGGCAGCUGGGGACUCUGUCUUUGAGGCCGGCACCGUCGCACACAGCGCCUACUUCAUCGACUCCACCGGUCAAAUUUUCUACAGGAUUGGCCAGGGCGGUGCAGAAAUGGUCACGGGACCUCGUUGGUUGAGCGAGAUGACGCUGUGGACACCAUGGCUACACCUUGGCGAGCUGACAACUAAAGAGGUGUCCAGCAUUGUGAGCUUGCGCCAGAAGGACUUCUUGGAGUGCCUACGCCGCUCUUUUGAUUGGUUUCAGCUGGCGCAGACCUACGCCCGGGACUACCUCAAGGUAAUGAGUCAGUAUGCUGCCGUCACCGACCUAUGGGUGUGGCAAGUUGAGCCAGAUCCUGGUAACUUCCUCAGAAAUGGGUCCCGGUCCCGUACUACGCGAAAGUCUGGGACUUUGGUGCAGUCCUCCGCAACGAUGGCUCGAAAGCUGAUGGGACAUGUUUUUGCGGCUAACGCCGGCGAGGACUUCGCCCAAGUGGUGCCGCACGAUACCUGA